AUGCAUUUCCUCUUCUCGUCUGGCAGACAGGCUCUCCCCAGCUCCAGGCGCCUGCUCGGCAAGACCCCAGCAGCAGCGGCAGUGACCUGCAACCAAUUUGCUUCGAGUGCCGCGUCCUUUUCGACCUCACGCAUCGUUGCGGCCAAGAACCAAAUCUACCAGUCUGUUCGUAAUCUCGAUCAGUUCCAUACCUACCAGCUUCUCUCAUCCUCCUCUCGAACGCCGCUGUUGACGCUGUGGACCACCUCCUAUUGCCCUACAUGCCGAGUAGUGGAGCCCUUGUUGCGCGAGCUCGUCGAAACCGGAGUCGGUGAAGAGGAGGGCGGCGUUGGCUUUUGCACCGUCGAGUACGAUGCUCCUGAUGUUAUGGAAGCUGGACUGGGUCUUAGCUAUAUGAUUAACUCGAUCCCGACCCUGCUGAGUUUUGAUGCCCAGGAGGCGCAAACGCAAACCAAGGUCACGGAUGGUCGCCAAUUGGCUAAUCGCAAGUUCUUGGAGGAAUGGUACGCCAUCUUUUUGGCUGUUGUGAAAAUCUGGCUGUCUCGAGGCUAA